CCAUCAACAAUCUAUUUUAUCCUCUUCACUAUUCAAAGUAAGGAUCUCAAAGCCCUUUACACAAUAAAAACAAAACCCUAAAAACAUUUAUCAUGUCUGAAAUAACUCUCGGUCGUUAUCUUUUCGAAAGAUUGAACCAACUCAAAGUCCAAACCAUCUUCGGUCUUCCAGGUGACUUCAACUUGUCCCUUUUGGACAAGAUCUACGAAGUCGAAGGCAUGAAGUGGGCCGGUAACGCCAACGAAUUGAACGCUGCCUACGCCGCUGACGGUUACUCCCGUGUCAAGGGUUUGGCCUGUCUUGUCACCACCUUUGGUGUUGGUGAACUUUCCGCCUUGAACGGUGUUGCCGGUUCUUACGCCGAACACGUUGGUUUGUUGCACGUUGUUGGUGUUCCAUCCAUCUCUUCCCAAGCCAAGCAAUUGUUGUUGCACCACACCCUUGGUAACGGUGACUUUACCGUUUUCCACAGAAUGUCCAACAACAUUUCUCAAACCACCGCCUUCCUUGACGACAUUAACACUGCCCCAGCUGAAAUUGACAGAUGUAUCAGAGACGCUUGGAUCUACCAAAGACCUGUCUACGUUGGUCUCCCAGCUAACUUGGUUGACUUGAAGGUUCCAGCCUCCCUUUUGGACACUCCAGUCGACCUUGCCCUCGCCGCUAACGACAAGGAUGCUCAAGAAGAAGCCAUUGACACCGUCUUGUCCUUGAUCAAGGAUGCCCAAAACCCAGUCAUCCUUGUUGAUGCCUGUGCUUCCAGACACUCUUGUAAGCCAGAAGUUGAAGAAUUGGUCAACAAGACUCAAUUCCCAGUCUUUACCACCCCAAUGGGUAAGUCCGGUAUUUCCGAACGUCACCCAAGAUUCGGUGGUGUCUACGUCGGUACCUUGUCCUCUCCAGAAGUUAAGGAAGCCGUCGAAUCCUCCGACUUGGUCUUGUCCAUCGGUGGUUUGAUGUCUGAUUUCAACACUGGUUCUUUCUCAUACUCAUACAAGACCAAGAACGUUGUUGAGUUCCACUCCGACUACACCAAGGUCAAGCAAGCUACCUUCCCAGGUGUCCAAAUGAAGGAAGCCCUUCAAGUCUUGUUGACCAAGGUCCAAUCUGCCGUCACCAACUACUCCCCAGUCCCAGUUCCUCAAGUCAAGUUGACCAACACCCCAGCUCCAGCUGAAACCAAGUUGACCCAAGAAUGGUUGUGGACUAAGGCCUCCUCUUGGUUCAGAGAAGGUGACAUCAUCAUCACCGAAACCGGUACCUCUGCCUUUGGUAUUGUCCAAUCCCAAUUCCCAAACAACACCAUCGGUAUCUCCCAAGUCUUGUGGGGUUCCAUUGGUUUCACCACCGGUGCCACCUUGGGUGCUGUCAUGGCCGCUGAAGAAAUCGAUCCAAACAAGAGAGUCAUCUUGUUCAUUGGUGACGGUUCCUUGCAAUUGACUGUCCAAGAAAUCUCCACCAUGGUCAAGUGGGAAACUAAGCCAUACUUGUUUGUUUUGAACAACGACGGUUACACCAUCGAAAGAUUGAUUCACGGUGAAAACGCCACUUACAACGACAUCCAACCAUGGAACAACUUGGCCUUGUUGCCAUUGUUUAACGCUAAGGACUACGAUGCCAUUAGAGUUGAAACCACUGGUGAAGUUGACAAGUUGUUUGCCGAUGAAGCUUUCAACAAGAACUCCAAGAUCAGAAUGAUUGAAGUUAUGUUGCCAAGAAUGGAUGCUCCAAUGAACUUGGUCAAGCAAGCUGAAGUCACUGCCAGAACCAAUGCCGAAAACUAAAUGUAAAAUAUGAGGUGAUCAAUAAUGUAUAGACGAUAAUAAAACCGAUUAGUAUGAC